AUGGCAACAGAAACAAACUGCAGUCUAGUCGCAGUAGUGGAAAAGCGACACAUUACCAUUGGUUGGCAUCAAAUGGGCCAUGCUGCUAAUGCUAUUAGAUAUAUCCUGAACUGCUCGUUGGGCCAGUACCGACAGUCAUUAAAUGGCGUUUUAUUAGCAAUUGGAAAAACAGUUGUUGGGAAACCGCUUUGUAUUGCUGACCAGCCGUGCAUGCAUAUCGACCUAGAAGUAAACUGUAUUGUAUUUCGUCCUGAACUCGAUCACGUCUACAAAUGCACGGUUAUAUCUGCCGAUAAAAAAUUUGUGACUGCCAAAUUAUACAGUGUUGUUACGUUUCUUGCAACGCUGAAGAAGAGCUCAAAAAAGCCUCUGAAUGCUGGCGAUGAAGUGUUGAUCAGGUUCACUCAGAUAGAAAUCAAGGGAUCACUGUGCCAAAUGAAGGGCACUGUUGUAUAA